CUCACCGCCAAGAUUUAGCUUCAUCCUCUGGGCACCCUGCCUGGAAGCAUGCCCCCUUCGGAGCGCCUGGUCCUGGUGCUGGGAGGAGCUGGGACCGUGGGCUCUGGGAUCGUGAAGUCGCUCCUGGAGAAGGGGUUCCAAGUUGCCGUCAUCUCCCGAGAUGCCACACGCCUGGAGAAGCUUCAGAACUUCCUACCAGCAGAAGCCCACAAACGCCUGUUCACCAUGGUGGGGGAUGUCGGCACCGAGGAAGGAGCAGAAGCUGCAAAGGCAUCCCUGCUGAGAGGAGGCAGGAAGGUCACUGAUGUGGUUUCUUCUUUGGGCUUCAGCUGGUGGCAAGGGGGGCCACCCCACACCCAGAGCCUGAAGGAGCUGCAGUGGGUCCUGGAGACCUUGCUCCUGAGCACCUUCACUGCCUGGAAAGCCUUCUUUCCCCUGGUCUCGGAGAACCCUGGAGGUUCCUACACCUUUAUCACAGGGAGUGCAGGAGAUCGCCUGCUCAGGCCAGGCACCGGCUUCCUGACCCUGGGGGCCUCCGGGGCUCUGGCCUUCAGCAGGGUGGUGCGUGAGGAAUACCCAGAUGUCCCCUGUAAGCUAAAUGAGGUGAAGAUCAAUAUGGGGGUUGCACACUCUGAAGCUCUGGGUCCUGGCUAUGUCAGCCACCUGGAGGUUGGCCGGGCUGUGACAUCCCUGGUGGAUAAGCUUGCUGUCUCACACACUGUGUUGUGUGUAGACUCCCCUGCUGACCUCCAGGUCCUGACCUCAGAUGGAAAACUGUGACUCCUACCUUCUUCCAGGAAGCAUACACCGAUCUCCAGCUGGUCGCCACCCACACCCCUCCCCAUUUCUCAUCUCUAGAGAACUUCCUUUUCCAGUUGAGGAUGCUUAUAAAAGCUCCCUUACCCCGGGCUGUCUCUACAUUGAACCUUCUGUUUUCUUUAUCUCUUCCUCUUACUAUCCAAGACUCUUCCAGGUGGGGCCCCAGGUGAGACUUGCCCUUCAGCUUGGGAAUGGUGGAUUUGAGGAGGGAGGCAACAAGCUGAGUGGUCAGCACAUGGGCACGGGAACUUGCUACACCAGGGAAAGAGCAGGAGCUGAUAUAACCUAGAAUGUCAGUGACAUUUCUGAGGUCCAUUAUAUUGGGCUAUGUAGGAGGAAGGCUCAGGUGCUCCAGGCUUUGCUCUUGGUAAGAAAGGAUGCACAAUGGAAGAAGCCAACUCCCAAAAUGUUCAACCAUUUGGUUCUGGAAUUCAGAGACCCCAGAGUCUUGGUGGGAAGGUGGGGAUAGGAGGACAAGAAGGAACCAAGAGACAGCAAUAAAGCCUGGGGCUGAUCCCUCCCAACUCAAGCCAGAAUCACACAGGACAAGAGUUUAUUUCCUAAAAAGUAGCAUCUGUAGUCAUCUGAGCAUCACCUCCUCUCCCUGACUCCCAUCCCAGGAGGCUAGAGAUCAAAGACAUAGGGUAAAAGCCCCUGAAGAGAUGAGAAACAGAGAAUGAUUCUCCCACACCAUCAGCCCCUGGAAAGUCGCCCUUAUCUAGUCCUAAUUGCCUUCCCCUAUGCGCUUUCCCCACUAUCCCACCAUCCUCCUCUCUUUUAUUCCCAAUGCCUUCCGCUUCCUGGAAUACCUAACGUUCCUAAUCUGAUCCUUGGCUGGACCAUUUUCAGUGAUAGCUAUCCCCAGGCUGGAGUGGAUAAUAUCAUCAACCCCCACCCCACCCCCAAGAUGCCCAACAUUUCUCCCAUUCAUUUUGUUCUCUUUUAAUAAAAUUUGGGGCAGCUAGGUGGCGCGGUGGAUAGACACUGUCCCUGGAGUCAGGA